AUGGCUUAUGCACAUGACCUUUGUUCAGUGGGUACUGGACCUGGUCGAUAUGGAACCUCAGUUGACUCAAGUACUGCAUUCAUUGCGAUACCGAGUGUACUUCCCUCAGUAUACUGUCCAGCGUGUUGCUUUGGCAUGAUAUGGAAAUAUCUUUUCUCAAACGAGUCUCGGGCUAUCAUCUCACCGGAAAAGAACUUAAUAUUCGUUUUUUUAGCAAUUGAGAUACUUUGUUUGGAAAGAAGAUCUACCGGGACCACGCAUCGUUCAUCUAGGACGUCGAUUACUCCAACUACAAAUGGGAAAAUAAGUUUUAGAGACGAAGCACCUAGUACCAUUCACAUGGCAUAUGUAUUUUGCGAAGCAUAUAUGGUGGUAAUGGAAGAGUACAAGCAGAUCUUUGAUGGGAGUGUUGGAUUGAUUUCUCAGAUAUGGUUUGAUUUCGAUAUUGAUACUCUUUACUUCGAUGGUGGACCAAUCGCAAAACGUUCACAAGUAGACAUGAAUAGUGUGAGCUGGUCUUCUGAUUUUCAGAAAGUCAAACAUCUUGCUAUUUUCAGUUAUUCAGUAGAAACACAUGGAUUCCCUCAUCAUAUCAGGAAUUUUUCCAUGCGUGACUUCGCGUUUAGAGAUUCGUUGUACUAA